AUGAUCUAAAUGCAAGACAUAUAGGAAUCUAUGAUUCUUAAUUAUAUUUCAAGUGAUGAGGAUGAUGAUAUGGAGAGUCCUUUAAUCAAUUAAAGUCCAGUAGAAAUAAAAUAGAAACAAAAAAAAUAUGAUUAAGACUAAUCUAUCACUUAAAUACCAAGUGAGCUUUCAUUCAAUAGAAAUAUGGAUAGAAGAAUUAAUGAAACAAUAGUUCUACAAAAUCAUGCAGAUGAAAUAACUUUGAAAUCAACUAAAAAUGCAAAAGAAGCAUAUCAAAGAGAAAUAAUAAAAGAAUUAGUUUCCAAAUAGAAGAAGAGAUUUAAGGUAGAUGGAUUCAAUUUAGAUUUAACAUGUAAAAUUAAUAUUUUAAUUUAGAUAUAACUGAUAAUGUAAUAGCUAUGGGAUUCCCUGCUGAAAGUUUUGAAGCAAUAUAUAGAAAUCCAAUGCCGGAGGUUUAAAAAUUUUUAAAUAGUCGUCAUCCAAACAAUUAUAUGGUUAUUAACUUGUAAGCUUACUACUCCUACCUAGAUGUUCAGAGCGUAAGUACAAACAUGAGUCUUUCUAUAAAGUGGCCGAGUUUCCUUUUGAUGAUCAUUAAGCACCUCCAUUUAAUAUGAUGGUCGAAUUUUGUUAAAAAGUUCAUGAAUGGUUAACAGCAAAUUCUAAUCAUGUUGUUGCAAUUCAUUGUAAAGCUGGUAAAGGUAGAACUGGUGUUAUGGUGUGUUGCUAUUUGUUAUUUAGUGGAAAAUACACUUCAAGUUAAGAUGCAUUAGCUUAUUAUGGUUUAGUUAGAACAUAAAAUAAAAAGGGUGUAACAAUUCCCAGUUAAAUUCGAUAUGUUCAUUAUUUCAGUUAUGCCUUAAAAAAUGAGUUGGUUAAAAUGCCAUUUAGAUAAAUAGAAUUAGUAUCUGUAAGAUUAGUAGGUGUAUCUCAUGGAACAAUGAUAAGAGUCUAAAAUAAUGAUAGGUAAUUAAUAGAGAAGGCUUAGAUUGUAUCAGAUAAAGAAAUACUUUUUGCAUUCAAUGAUAUAUUUUUAUAAGGAGAUGUUCUCAUUUAAAUAUUCCAUAAGUCAAUUGUAUCAGAAUCCAAAAUCUUAUAAGCUUGGUUUAACACUAAUUUUGUAUCCCUAUCCCCAAGAGAACAAGUGUUUAAAGCUGAAGAAUUAGAUAUGUCUAAGAAAUCAAUGAAACAUUCUACUUAAAUUCAAAUGGAAUUAUUGUUUGAUUAAGUAAUUCACACUAGAUAAAGAUCUAAUUGUUUAUCAAAAGGCAAAUGA